AUUUGAUUUGAAAAAAGAUGGCGAAACCUCGAGUCUUUUUCGACAUUACAGCUGGUGGCGAAAGCUUUGGUCGUAUUAUUAUGGAGUUGCGUGCUGACGUGGUACCCAAAACAGCCGAGAACUUCCGUGCUCUUUGUACAGGAGAAAAGGGCUUUGGCUACAACGGCAGUAUUUUCCACAGAGUUAUUCCAGAUUUUAUGUGCCAGGGGGGAGACUUUACAAACCACAACGGCACAGGUGGGAAAAGUAUCUAUGGAAACAAAUUUGAGGAUGAGAACUUCACACUGAAACACACUGGACCAGGUAUUUUAUCCAUGGCUAAUGCAGGUCCCGGCACCAAUGGCAGCCAAUUCUUCAUUUGUACAGCAAAAACACCGUGGCUUGAUGGCAAACAUGUUGUGUUUGGAACCGUAGUGGAAGGCCUGGAUAUUGUUAAGAAAAUGGAAAGUUUGGGAUCUCAGAGUGGGAAAACGUCCAAGAAAAUUGCAAUUGCCAACUGUGGCCAGCUCUAAACGAAACUUUUUAUCUGCCGACUAUAGAGCUUCUGAACAUCAUUUUAUGUAACAAUGCUACAAAACAGUGCUUGAUUAUGUAAUCAUGAUAAAAUAUGCACACAAUAGUUCUUCUUUAAUUUGGCUAAAUAUUAUUUGUAGUACAUAAUAUUUUAGUUUUGUUAAAUUGUUGAAAAGGAUUGUAUUUUGGAAGGUUGAAAGUUUUUUUCAAGAAAUGCGAUAUUAAGAAAUUAAAGAAGUCUUUACAUUUCUCCUGUAUUUAA